UCCCUGUUUAGUCUAAUGUGCCCAACAGGUGCACUUAAAUGGGGACAGCACAAGGUGUUUCUGGUGAUAUUUCUCUUGCAGAAUUCCGUCCUUGCCAUGGCUUCCAACGGCCAAGUAAACAUGUCAUCUUGGGAUGAAAUGAGGGAACCAGGACAGGAGAAUGUCUUGAGGAGAGUAGCCAGCAUGCCUUUGAUCAGCUCAGCCUACGACAUAGCUGCCACCGCCUACAACUCCACCAAGGACAACCACCCCUAUGUAAAAUCUCUCUGUGAUGUUGCUGAGAAGGGGGUGAAGACCCUAACAGAGGUAGCAGUCCACACUGCUCAGCCUAUCCUGACUAAACUUGAACCCCAAAUUGCAACAGCAAGUGGGUAUGCUUCUAAAGGCCUGGAUGCACUGGAGGUGAAGCUGCCAAUUCUUCAGCUUACAGCUGAUAAGGUUGCUUCUGACACAAAGGAGAUGGUGUCGUCCAGAAUGGCCAGCGCCAAGGAGGCCAUCACCAGCACGCUGUCUGGAGUUGUGGGCUUGACCAAAGAAGCUGUGCAGGGCAGCAUGGAUGCCACCAGGUCGGCUAUCAGCCACAGUGUGACUACGGUUGUGGAAUCCAGAGUGGGCCAGAUAGCUGUGAGCAGCGCUGAAGCAUUGCUUGACAAGUCCGAAGAGCUCAUUGAUGACUACCUCCCCCUAACUGAUGAGGAGUUGGCUGAGCUUGCAGCUACAGUCAAGAAUGGCGAUCUGGUUCCUGUCCGGCAGAGUGAGCAAGAGGAAUAUCUGGUGCGUCUAGGUGCCUUGUCGGUCAGACUCCGCCAGAGGGCCUACCAGCAUUCUGUAGCCAAGAUGAAACAAGCCAGGCAGAGGAUCCAGGAUUCCCUCCUCCAUCUGGAACAAACAAUUCGCCUGAUUGAAUACAUGAAGAAUGAAGCAGGACAGAAGUUAACGGAGGGCCACGAAAAGCUUCGCCAGAUGGUUCUUGAAUGGGGCAAGGUCCACUCCACAGCAAAGGAUGGGAAGGUUGAAGCCUGUCUGUGCGUGCAAGUAGAAAUGCAGACCAUGAAUAUGCUCCAGAACAUGAUCCAGCAGGUUCAGGCCACUUGCCAGAUAUUGAUUUCCACCAUGGAAGGGUUCCCAUCCAGCCUGCAGGAAAAAGUGCAGCAGAUCCGUCAAAGUACCAGAGAACUCCAUGCUUCUUUCAAGGCGGCUGGCUCCUUUCGGGAGCUCCCCAGUACUCUCCUGGCCCACAGUUAUCGGACACUGGAGAAGGCUCAAGAAUACAUGGAAGACGUGCGGGAAUACGCAGCUCACCACACCCCUCUGUCUUGGUUUGUGGGACCUUUCAAACCAUCUUCCAAGCUGCCUGCUGGAACAGUAGAACCAGCGGCAGAGUGAGGAUCAUUUAGAUCAAAAACAAAAUCUCUUGCAAAACCUGGUGGUAGCUGUAGAUGUCAGCACUAGAUUGGAUUAAGUUUAAUGGAGACGCACCUUCUCAUGUACGUUAGUGGUGAUGGGAGCCUUCGUCCAGGCUUCACUCUCAAAAGUGCAAUUAUCCAUGCAAAGCCCAAUUUUAAAAUGGCAAAAAUUGUAACUAGUGGUAGAAGAACUUUUAGUACUGAAGUAGUGGCAAUAAAUAGCUUAUUAAGAACUAGCAGUAUUGUUGGAAGUGCUAAGUUGAGGAGGCUGGUGGGGGAAGGGAGAAAUGUGUUCACAGGACAUCAAAAUAAACAUUACUGCAAUUAAGG